AAUGCUGCCGUUACUCUGCAAAACCAAAGCAAGAAGGAACAUUGUAAUCGUAAGCUCCGAAGCUUCAUGAUAUUCCAACAACCUUCAAAGACAGAGAAGAAAGAAGAAAACAACCUCAACAAACAAACAUCAAUGGCAAACACGUAUUCGUGGCUCUUCCUCGCGAUUUGUGCCACCCUCUUGCUUCUUCUGUCUUCGUCGCCGACAGCGGACGCGGGAGCGCUGGGCAUGGAAAUGACAUGGAUACCCUCCAUGCCCAUGGAAGAGGAGUUCCAGCUGGACAGCGAGAUCAGCCGGCGCAUCUUAGCCACGACCAAGUACAUCAGCUACGGUGCGCUGCAGAGGAACACUGUCCCCUGCUCUCGCCGCGGAGCCUCCUACUACAAUUGCCAGCCUGGCGCCCAGGCCAACCCUUACAGCCGUGGCUGCAGUGCCAUCACCAGGUGCAGGAGCUAAAUUUAUUAUUUUCUAUUUUUUUUUUUAAAAUUUUCAUAUUCGGGUUUCAUUGUAUACAUGACCAAGAUUCAAUGUUUAUGUAUUAUUGUCCUGUUGCCGAUAAAUAAUUGUCGAAUCAAUGACAGUGAUUCAUCAUUUUAUUUCUUAUUUUGGCUUUUUAAAAUAAGGAGGUGUACUUAGAAUAAAGUGCACUUAUAUUGUUGAUUUUCUGAACAACUGAAUAUGCAUGUAACAAAAUCUUUUGUUCUAAAGGAACCAAAUCUUUUAUUUUUAGGUA